GAUAAUAAAUGCAAAGACAAUGGAAAAAAUUACAAUUGGUCCUUGCAUAAAAGUCUUCCCAUCGGGGAGAAACUGGAGAAAAGCAUAGAGAAUGGAAAGAGCUUCUGCGAAAGGAAGACUUUUACUGCUCAGGAAAGGAACCACACAGGGGAGAAGCCAUACAAAUGCAUGGAGUGUGGAAAGAGCUUCAGCCAAUCCAGUGGCCUCGUUAUUCAUAAAAGGAUCCACACAGGGGAGAAGCCAUUUAAAUGCAUGGAGUGUGGAAAACACUUCACCCAAAGUGGUCAUCUUAAUUCUCAUAAAAGGAUCCAUGCAGGGGAAAAGCCCUAUAAAUGCACAGAGUGUGGAAAGACCUUUACUUAUAGCAGUUACCUUAAUUGCCAUAAAAGGAUUCAUAAAGGGGAGAAGCCAUAUAAGUGCAUCGAAUGCGGAAUGACUUUUACUCGGAGCAGUCAACUUACUCGCCAUGAAAAAAUCCACACUGGAGACAAGCCAUAUAAAUGCAUGGUGUGUGGAAAGACCUUUAUUCAAAACAGCCAAUUAACUUCCCAUAACUGGAUCCAUACAGGGGAGAAGCCAUACAAAUGUUUGGAAUGUGGAAAGUGCUUCAGUCAAAGUAGUUCCUUCACUUCCCAUAAAAGGAUCCACACGGGGGAGAAACCCUAUAAAUGCACAGAGUGUGGAAAGGAGUUUCGUGAUAAUACAUCUCUUGUGAGACAUAAAACGAUCCACACCAGGGAGAAACCAUAUAAAUGCAUGGAGUGUGGAAAGGGCUUCAGCCAACAGAGUAAACUUACAUCCCAUCAAAGGAUCCACACAGGGGAGAAGCCAUUUAAAUGCAUGGAGUGUGGAAAAAGCUUCAGACAACCCAGAACCCUCAUUAUUCAUAAAAGGAUCCACACAGGGGAGAAACCCUAUAAAUGUAAGGCGUGUGGAAAGGGCUUUCGUGAUAAUGCAUCCCUUGUGAGGCAUAAAAGGAUCCACACCAGGGAGAAACCAUACAAGUGCAUGGAGUGUGGAAAGGGAUUCAGCCAACACAGUCAUCUUACCUCCCACAAAAGGAUCCAUUACAGGGGAGAAGCCAUACAAAUGCAUGGAUUGUGGAAAGGGCUUCAGGAGGAGCAAUAACCUAACCUCUCAUACCAGGGUCCAUUUGGGGAUAGAAAGAAGAAUAAGAAUGAAAGUGAUUCCAGUGUGCUAAAGUUACAAAUGAUCAACCAAGAAGGAAGACUUUUGGAAAUCAGUGGGGAUCUACAUAACAUAACAUGACAUUAAGAACAACUACUUCAGAAAACUACUUCAGUUUCUCCUGACCAAACAAACAGAAAUGGAACAUGGAAUGUGAAUAUAAUACAAAUAAUCAGACUUAUAUCCACGGUGUAGAACUGAGACCUGAGUGAACCAGUAUGAAGAUUCAGUCAAAGUCCUCAUGAGAGAAUUGUCAUUUGCAGAUGAAUGUACAGUGUGUGGGAACAGCUGAAAGGAUCAAGAAUUCCUGUCUCAACAAAAGGAGCCAAAAUGACAAGAAACCUCCAAAAUGCACAAUGCCGAAGACUUUCAGACAUUAGGGCCAUAUUUUGCUUUGUAUGAUGUGUUGAGGCUAAGAAAAAACAUUUCAUUUAAGUAAAACUAA